AUGUCCAGCCAUCCCGGACCACAGUCGGCCUUCGGCAACCAGCAGCACCCGAUUGAGCCCAAACGGUUCAAUGGCUUCUUUGCUCCUUCCACGGCCACCCUCCAGAGCGCUGAGCACUUCCAGUUCAACAGCCUCUUCGGCUCCCACCAGGCCCAGCAACAGCAGCCCCAAUAUCAUCAUCACCUAUCAGCGUCAUCUGGCUUACAGUUCACCAAUGAUGAACUGAUCGACUCCCUCGUCAGCCGCCCGCCAAUCAGCCAUCCCAACGCCCUCAUCGGACUCAAUCACGCCCCGCACUCCAGCCUCACUCAGCCAAUCUCAUUCGAUCAAAUCACUCUGCUCGACCAUCCUGCCCAUCCCCAGUCCCACCCGCACUCCAAGCCGCACCCGCCUCACCAUCAGCCGAUCCCAAUCAGCACGACGUCGGCGGAAACCAGUCCUGACCCCGCCCAUCGCCGCAGCUUCUCCUCCUCAGUACCAAUCGAGGACCAGCUUCUCCUUUUGUCGCCUUCCUCGACCAACCCCACCCAGUCCCCCUCUGCCUUUAGCUCGGUAUCCAGGACGGCCCCAGCCGGCCAUCACCACACCUUCCGCACCUCCCGCUCGCCAAACCCCAAGCCCCUGCUCAACCGCCGUCCGCAGCAGGCCAAUUACCCCUUCAGCCCGCCGACGUCGAUCACCACCACCCUGGCCGACGAGGAGCGCUCGCCGGCCAUCUCGACCAUCUCCGUCAGCGAGUCCUCAACUCACCACCACCUCUCCUCCUCACAGCCGAUCGGUAACUCCUUCUACCGCGCGCUGGCCGGGCCAGAUGAGGCGGCCGGGUUGAGAUCCCCGCUGGACCACAUGUCAGACGAACUGUCCCUGUCCUCAAGCCUGCCUGCCCGCAGGACCUUCUCACCCCAUUCAAUUAUCGACCAACAAAAGUUGGUUUUGAAUGAAAAGAGAAGGAAGAGGAGAGAAUCCCACAAUGCAGUCGAAAGACGAAGACGCGAUAACAUUAACGAUCGGAUAACCGAAUUAGCCGGACUACUACCCGCCUGCCUGCUCGACACAGUCGUCACGCCCAAUGAAUCCGGGAUGAUGAUGGUAGUCAAUGAAGAACCUAGCCAAACGGAUGACGGCCAAGCCCUUAACUCAGCCCCUCUUACCAAACCCAACAAGGGCAUGAUCUUGGCCAAAUCGGUUGAUUACAUUAAACAUUUAAAACAUCUGCUGGAAUUGCAAUCUCAGCGGAAUACCGAGCUGGAAGCCGAACUGAAGAGCUUUCGGUCGUCAUCCGAGCCUGCUCAGCAACACCUAAACCAGCAAGGUGCCGACGAGAGCCAGGACAGAACGCGAGGCGCGGAGGAUCAGGAGAACGUCAAGGGGGAAGAAGGUCCGGCCGGGGUGACGGAGGAUGCGAGCGACCAGAUCCACCAAUGGAUCAAGAUCCACGACCAACAGACCGAGCCUCUCAACCAAAACGAAGCCGGUCUCGAGGACAAAAACAUGAUGAUUAUGACCCACGAACUUUUCAAUGAUGCUCAAUCGUACACGCUUGAUGAUAGCCAGUCCCAUCGCCACCAUCUCUCCCCUUCCGCUUCCAACACUCAUCAUAACCUAUCUUCGUCUGAACCUGUCAAAUACCAUGAUAACCACUUUGCGUCCUCGCGUGACCAUUUUGCGUCGCCCUUUAACCACCGCCUCAGCGGCUUUGAAAAUCUUUAUUAUCAUCUCCAGUAA